AUGAGGGUGGUGUUAAGAGGUGAUGCGCCCUUGUACCUGGUGCUUGGCGCACGCGUUGCUGAUGACGUCACUGGAGGGCUCUGGAUGCCAAGUGGCGAGGAGUACCACAUGUGGACUUCAAAAAGCACAGAGCCGAAGGGGCGGGCCAAGAAGGGCCGCGGGCACGUGCAGCCCAUCCGCUGCACCAACUGUGCCUGCUGCGUGCCCAAGGACAAGGCCAUCAAGAAGUUUGUCAUCGGGAACAUCGUGGAGGCCGCUGCCGUGAGGGACAUUUCCGAGGCCAGCGUCUUCGAUGCUUAUGUACUUCCCAAGCUGUAUGUGAAGUUGCACUACUGUGUGAGUUGUGCCAUUCACAGCAAGGUAGUAAGGAAUCACUCUCGCAAGGCCCGCAAGGACCGAACACCUCCACCAAGGUUCAGACCUGCAGGUGCUGCCCCAAGACCUCCACCAAAAACUAUGUAAAGCAGCUAAAAACAUUUAAGAAUUGAAGACAAAGUCAAAAGUCCUCUGAGGGGAAAUAAAAUGGAAAUUAAUACUUAAAAAAAAAAAAA